AUGAAAUAAAUAAAAUUUUGUUAGGUGAUAUGGAUUCAAUUCUAAAGGCAUCUUAAUCAGAUUGGAUUUCUUAUAUUAUGUUAUAUGUUUAAUUUUGUGAUUAUACAAUUGUACCUAUUGAUUAGGAUAAUGAUAAUCUUUUAUAAUUAUUUGGAGAAAUUGUGUUAAGACCAGAAGACAUAAAUAUUAUUAAUUCUUUACUUUAGUAUGAUAAAAAUCUAACUUAUUUUGUGUAUUUGUAUUUUGAAAAUUAAGGAUAGGAGUAAUUAAGAUCAUAAUAAGAAAUAUAUGUAUUCUAUAAUUUUUAUAUAAUUUUAGAAAAGUAAAUUUUAAUUAAUAAAAACUAUUCUUGAAGAAAUUCCAAAUGAUAUGCAAUAUGAAAAUGAAAAUCUUAUAUUUUUUUGAGGAAAUUGCAGAAAUUAUUAAAAUAUCACGAAAAAUGAAAUAUAAGGAAUUCGAAAAGGAAUUUUAAGAUAUAUUUAAUGAGAAAAUAUAAGGAAUCAUAAAUUCUUCUACCAGUUUUAAAAAAAGUAUGAAUAUUUAUUAAUUUAGUAAUGAACUUUGUUCAUUGCAUUGAAAAGAUUUAAUAAAGAGAUUAAGCAUCUAUUAUACUCGAAGCCUUAUUAUAGAAAUUAUUCAGUUAAAAUUUAUAAAAACUUGAAGAGAAUGAAAAUGCUUUAAAUAUUAUAAUAGAAAAAUUUUAUUAUGAUGAAAGUUUUAGACAAUAAGUUAAAUAAAAAAUAAACAAUCAAGUUAAUAAUCCAUAUUUUGAAGUAUUAUUUAGAGAUUUCUUAAAUAAUUUUGCAUUAUAAUAAUAUAGAGGAUAUUUUGAAUAAGAAUUAAUUAAACUCUAAUUUAAAUUUGGAUUAAAAUUAUAUGAUUUACAAUUAACAAAUAAAAUUGAAUGCCCUGAGAUUCUUAUUAUGAAUAUAUCAUAAGAAUUUAUAAGAAAUGUUAUUCAAUCUGAUGACACUUUUAAAUUGAAAAUGAAGAUUAUUUUAAGUAACUUAUUAGAUUAAUGUUAAAAUUUAUAGGAUGAAAAAUUAGAUAACAGAAAAAAUAUUAUUAGACUCUUAAUAAGAAGACUAUGA